UUAGUUGUUGAAAUCCAAAUUGAUCCUCUCCGUUUAUGUAAGAAUAUUAAGAAUCAGCACAAUGCUAAGAAUGUCUCUAUUUCAAUCCAGCUUACAGUUCCUAUGGCGCUCUACUACUCAAACGACAAUAACGACUUGCUUCCGAUCGCCAUUCAACUGUACCAACAAGCAGCUCUUGAUAAUCCGGUGUUUCUACCUAGCGAUCCCAAAUACACGUGGAUGAUGGCGAAAUUGUGGUUCAACCUCGCCGAUGCCUCCUACCACGAGGCGUGCUCGCAUCUAGCGUUCACUCACUUCAUUUUAGAGACCAUCUCAGUAGCUGUAAAUCGCCAUCUUUCGCAGUCUCAUCCACUCUUCCGUCUAGUUGCUCCACAUCUUCAUUUUGUUUUGGCUAUAAAUAGUCGAGGUCUGGGCAAGCUUUUGGCGAAAGGUGGCGCCUUCGAUAUUCUUUUUUUAAUGGGCCUCGAAGGAACCUAUGCGUUAAUAGCAAAAGCUUUCGAAGCAUGGUCAUUUACAAAAGACGGAAGUUUACCCGAAAAUCUAAAGAAGAGGAAAUUAGACGAUGCUUCAAUUCUACCAAAUUACCACUACCGCAAAGACGGCAUUCCCAUAUGGGAGGCUAUCAAGACAUACGUGGCCACCAUCGUCAGGCACUACUAUC